CGCCAGCUCGCAGGUUUGCUGUUUGAGUUGGGAUGCACCACCUCAGCCCUGCAGAUAUUUGAGAAGCUGGAGAUGUGGGAGGACGUGGUCAUUUGCUAUGAGAGGGCUGGGCAGCACGGGAAGGCAGAAGAAAUCCUUAGGCAAGAACUGGAGAAAAAGGAAACACCAAGUUUAUACUGCUUGCUUGGAGAUGUCCUGCAAGAUCACUCUUGCUAUGACAAGGCCUGGGAGCUGUCACGACACCGCAGUGCACGUGCCCAGCGCUCCAAAGCUCUCCUCCACCUUCGGAAUAAGGAGUUUCGGGAAUGUGUGGAGUGCUUUGAACGCUCAGUGAAGAUCAAUCCCAUGCAGCUUGGGGUCUGGUUUUCUCUAGGCUGUGCCUACUUGGCCUUGGAAGACUAUGGUGGAUCUGCGAAGGCAUUUCAGCGCUGUGUGACCCUAGAACCCGAUAAUGCUGAGGCUUGGAACAAUUUAUCCACUUCCUAUAUUCGACUGAAGCAAAAAGUCAAAGCUUUUAGAACGUUACAGGAAGCUCUCAAGUGUAACUACGAACACUGGCAAAUCUGGGAAAACUACAUUCUCACCAGCACUGAUGUUGGGGAGUUUGGGGAAGCCAUCAAAGCUUACCACCGGCUCCUGGACCUCAGAGACAAAUACAAAGAUGUUCAGGUCCUGAAAAUUCUGGUCAGGGCAGUGGUUAAUGGUAUGACCGACCGAAGUGGAGAUGUUGCGUCUAGCCUCAAAGGCAAGCUGCAGGAGUUGUUGGGCAGAGUAACUUCAAGGGUGACCAAUGACGGAGAAGUCUGGAGACUGUAUGCCCAAGUACAUGGAAAUGGGCAGAGUGAGAAGCCUGAAGAGAAUGACAAGGCAUUCCAGUAUCUCUCGAAGGCAUACAAGUGUGACACACAGUCCAGUUGUUGGGAGAAAGAUGCUACAGCAUUUAAGGAAGUUGUUCAGAGAGCCAUAGGACUCACACAUGUGGCUAUAAAAUGCAGUGAGAGCAAGUCCAGUCCACAGGAAGCUGUACAAGCACUUUCUUCAGUUCGACUCAAUUUACGUGGCUUGUUAUCCAAAGCAAAGCAGAAUUUUACAGAUGUGGUAAGUGGAGAAGUCUCUGGAGAGAUAGCCAGUGAAAUAGCAGCUGUGAAUGCUCUGGAAGCAGAGCUGCAAGACCUCAGCAACCAGCUUCGAAACCAGUACUGACUGACUAUGAGAAGCAGCUUGUGACAGUCACUUCUGCCUUCUCGAAUUCCUCCAAUACCUGUAUAUCUAAAACACAAGAUACCAGUUUUUAAAAUAAAAUUGUUUGCCGGCAAACGUA